AUGGCAAGAAUAACUGACGAUUUAACUAAGUUUCACUACGUGCUUUCAAACUUGGACAGACAGUACGCGGUUGAAGUGGAAGACGUCAUCACCUCACCACCGGCUACAAAAAAAUAUGAGUACCUUAAAAGCGAACUGAUUAAGCGGCUCUCCGUGUCUAAAGAGAAAAAGGUAAAACAGCUUUUACAAUCAGAAGAGUUAGCUGACCGUAAGCCUUCACAAUUCUUACGACAUCUACGACAACUAGCUGGACCUACAAUACCAGACGAUUUUCUGCGGUCCAUAUGGACAAGCCGUCUACCAGACAACCUGCAAACUAUCAUCGCGUCUCAGAUGACUUUGUCUCUUAUUGAACUGGCAGAUCUGGCUGACAGAGUCCAUGACAUCGCACCUAGUGCACCUCAGGUGGCAACAACAUCUUCAAGAGAAGACUCGGCACUGGAAAUCAUGGCUCGACAAAUAACUGAACUAACAAAACAAGUCAGCGCUCUAACGAUGGAAGUGCAUACCCGGUCCCGUUCUCGCAAUCGUCAGCAGCUCCACGAUCUUUCCAGAGCUGACACGACCGGCAGGCAUAUACCACACACCAAAACACAACACAGUACAUCACAUCCGCACCACACCAGGCCCCCCGGUUGCCUGUACUCCUCGAAGACUCGCACCUGA